AUGUCAUCGCUUAUAUUCUUUCUUUCUUUCUUUCUUUCUUUCUUCUUCUUCUUAUUCUCCACACGCAAUUUCACCCCUCCCUCUAUCUCUCUCCUUUUCUCACUCUUUUCUUUCAUUUUCCGUUCAAGUGAACCUUCUUCUUCUUCUUCUUUCUUUCUAUCUUUCUUUCUUUCUUUUCUUUCUUCAGAUUUCCUCUUCUUCUUCUUUUCUUUCUUUCUUUCUUUUUCUUUCUUCGAAAAGUUCUUCUUUCUUUCUUUCUUUCCCUUCCUCUUCUUCUUCUUCUUUCUUUCUUUCUUUCUUCAGAGCCCUUCUUUAUUCUUUCUUUCUUUCUUUCUUUCUUCAGAUCCUUCCUCUUCUUCUUCUUUUUUCUUUUUUUUCUUUCUUUCUUUCUUCAGAUCCUUCUUCUUCUUCUUCUUUCUUUCUUUCUUUCUUUCCAGGAGACUUUUUUUUUUUUCUUUCUUUCCUUCUUUCUUUCUUUCUUCAAUCCUUCCUUCUUCUUUCAUUCUUUAUUUUUUCCUUCUUCUUCCUCUUCAAUUCAAUCUUUCUUUCUUUCUUUCUUUCUUUUUUCCCUUCCUCUUCUUCUUCUUCUUCUUUUUCUUUCCUUCUUUCUUUCUUUCUUCAAUCCCUUCCUCUUCUUCUUUCUUUCUUUCUUUCUUCAAAAUUCUUCUUCUUCUUCUUUCUUUUUUCUUUUCUUUUCUUCUUUCUUUCUUUCUUUCUUUCUUCUUCAAAUCCUUCCUCUUCUUCUUCUUUCUUUCUUUCUUUCUUUCUUUCUUUCUUCAGAUCCUCUUCUUCUUCUUCUUCUUCUUCUUCUUUCUUUCUUUCUUUCUUUUCUUCAGAUCCCUUCCUCUUCUUCUUCUUCUUUCUUUCUUUCUUUCUUUCUUCAAAUCUUCUUCUUCUUUCUUUCUUUCUUUCUUCUCCCUUCUUCUUCUUUCUUUCUUUCUUUCUUUUCCUCUUCUUCUUCUUCUUUCUUUCUUACUUCUUCUUCUUCUUCUUCUUCUUUCUUUCUUUCUUUCUUUCUUGAAUUCCUUCCUCUUCUUCUUCUUUCUUUCUUUCUUUCUUUUCUUUUCUCCUUCUUCUUCUUUCUUUCUUUCUUUUCUUUUCUUUCUUUCUUUCUUUCCUUUCCUCUUCUUCUUCUUUCUUUCCCUUUCUUUUCUUUCUUUUGUUCCAUCCCUUCUUCUUCUUCUUCUUCUUUCUUUCUUUCUUUCUUUCUUUCUUCCUUCUUCUCCCUUCUUCUUCUUUCUUUCUUCAGAUCCCUUCUUUCUUUCUUUCUUUUUUCUUUCUUUCUUCAGAUCCCUUCCUCUUCUUCUUCUUUCUUUCUUUCCUUCUUUCUUUCUUUCUUUCUUCAGAUCCUUCCUUUUCUUCUUCUUCUUUCUUUCUUUCUUUCUUUCUUUCUUUCUUUCUUUCUUUUCCUUCUUCUUCUUCUUCUUCUUCUUUCUUUCUUUCUUUCUUCAGAUCCUUCCUCUUCUUCUUUUUUCUUUCUUUCUUUCUUUCUUUCUUUCUUUCUUUCUUUCUUCGAUUCCCUUCCUCUUCUUCUUCUUCUUUCUUUCUUUCUUUCUUUCUUUCUUUCUUUCUUUCUUUUUCUUCUUUUCUUCUUCUUCUUCUUCUUUUUCUUUCUUUCUUCGAAUCCCUUCUUCUUCUUCUUCUUCUUUCUUUCUUUCUUUCUUUCUUUCUUCGAAUCCCUUCCUCUUCUUCUUCUUUCUUUCUUUCUUUCUUUCUUUCUUUCCUUCUUCUUCUUCUUCUUCUUUCUUUCUUUCUUUCUUUCUUUCUUCCUUCUUCCCUUCUUCUUCUUCUUCUUUCUUUCUUUCUUUCUUCAAUCCUUCUUCUUCCUUCCUCUUCUUCUUCUUUCUUUCUUUCUUUCUUUUUUCCCUUCUUCUUCUUCUUCUUUCUUCUUUCUUCUUUCUUUCUUUCUUUCUUCUCCUUCUUCUUCUUCUUCUUUCUUUCUUUUUCAGAUCCUUCCUUUCUUCUUCUUUCUUUUCUUUCUUUCUUUCUUUCUUUCUUCUUCUUCUUCUUUCUUUCUUUUCUUUCUUUCUUUCUUUCUUCUUCUUCUUCUUUUUCUUUCUUUCUUUCUUUCUUUCUUCAAUCCUUCUUCUUCUUCUUCUUCUUUCUUUCUUUCUUUCUUUCUUCAAAUCCCUUCUUCUUCUUCUUCUUCUUUCUUUCUUUUUCUUUCUUCAGAUCCUUCCUCUUCUUCUUCUUUCUUUCUUUCUUUCUUUCUUCAGAUCCUUCCUCUUCUUCUUCUUCUUUCUUUCUUUCUUUUCUUUCUUUCUUUCUUUCUUUCUUUCUUUCUUUCUUCCCCUUCCUCUUCUUCUUUUCUUCUUCUUUCUUUCUUUCUUUCUUCAGAGCUUUCUUCUUCAUUCUUUCUUUCUUUCUUUCUUUCUUUCUUUCUUCAGAGCUUUCUUCUUCAUUCUUUCUUUCUUUCUUUCUUUCUUUCUUCAGAGCUUUCUUCUUCAUUCUUUCUUUCUUUCUUUCUUUCUUUCUUUCUUCUUCCUUCCUCUUCUUCUUCUUUCUUUUCUUUCUUUCUUUUCUUCUUUCUUUUUCUUUCUUUCUUUCUUUCUUUCUUUCUUUCUUUCUUUCUUCGAAUCCCUUCUUCUUCUUCUUCUUCUUCCUUUCUUUCUUUCUUCGAAUCCCUUCCUCUUCUUCUUCUUUCUUUCUUUCUUUCUUUCUUUCUUCGAAUCCCUUCUUCUUCUUCUUCUUCUUUCUUUCUUUCUUUCUUUCUUUCUUUCUUUCUUCGAAUCCUUCUUCUUCUUCUUCUUUCUUUCUUUCUUUCUUUCUUCGAAUCCCUUCCUUCUUCCUUCUGUGAGUAAUAUCCUUUUAUCUAUCUAUCUAUCUAUCUAUCUAUCUAUCUAUCUAUCUAUCUAUCUAUCUCAGUAUUCAUAUCUAUCUAUCUAUCUAUCUAUCUAUCUAUCUAUCUAUCUAUCUAUCUAUUUUCUUUGUAUUUCCUUAAUGUUCACUUGA